AUGAUGAUGAUGAUUAUCAAAGCAGAAAUCCUAAAUGUAAUUUUUCCAUUUUUUUUGGGACCGACCUUUGUACGAUUUCCCAACGAACCUUGCGUGGGAGAAAAUGGACUCAAAGGUACCUGUUUCAGUCGUUUAGAAUGUUCUAAAUAUGGAGGAUUUUCAUCUGGGACUUGUGCCAAAGGAUUAGGAAGCUGUUGCAUAGUAAAAAAAACAUGCGGACAAACAACAAAUAUAAAUUGCACAUAUUUUUCAAAUCCCGAAUAUCCGGCAUCGUAUAAAGGAACCGGAAAUCCUUGCACAUUGAAAAUAUGGAAAUGUAAUAAAAAAAUAUGUCAGGUUCGAUUGGAUUUCAUUGAUUUUAAAUUAUCAGAACCUGAUUCGAUGGGACGUUGCACGGAUGAUUUUCUUUUAAUUUCAAAUCCGGCCUCUAAUUUUAAAAGAAUUUGUGGAGUGAAUACCGGACAACAUGUAUAUUUGGAUUUUGCUGAAGACACACCUAUAGAACUACUAAUUGAUACAAAUACCGCAUUGACAACAGAAAGAAAAUGGAACAUAAAAAUCUCACAGAUAGAUUGUUGUGCAAGAGCUCCAGUCGGGUGUUUAAUGCAUUACACAUCAACUUCUGGAAAAGUAAAAAGUUUCAAUUACUCACCAUUACUGUCCACAGCUCCUGAAGAUCCAGAUUCUCCCGGUCCUGGAACAAGGCAAAUAUCUGAAUUAAAUUAUGGCGUUUGUGUACAAAUGAUUCCUGGAUAUUGUUCAAUAGAAUGGACACAAAAUCCAACGGAUAAAUUUUCAUUUACCGUAUCUGGUGAUACAGAAGCUUUGGAUGCCACACUUUUAGGUACUCCGAUUGCCUCUGAAAUGGGUGAAACAUGCACAAAUAAUUUCGUUGUUAUUCCAAAUCCGAUGAUUAACGGAACUCCAACUAAAACAGAUAGAUUUUGUGGAAAUGGUUUUCCGACACUUGUUUCGUCAUCAAAACCUUUUGUCCUGACUGUGGUCACAAGUGCUUCUCCAUCAAUAGAAACGCCAGACGUUGGAAAUCGUGGAUUUUGUUUAAAUUACAGACAACUUCCGUGCGAUUAA